AUAUGGCGGCGUCAGUUUUUUUUAGCUCUUGUCCUUCUUUCAAAACACCGUUUGCAGACGGAUUCGGAAGCCUUAUAAUUCGAUAUUUGUGUGCUUUUCGACCGCGUGUGCAGUCGUAAACUUAUACGCAUGCAGUAGAUACGACUGUGUAGGCGGAUAUUGUCGUUAUUCGACCCUUUCUGGUGACUGUUUUCAUCAAGAAAAGCUUAGCUACAGUGCUCGAGACCAGUGGAGGAGGAUAAAGUGGGCGUCGACGAGAAUAAAGUGGGCGUCGACGAGAAUAAAGUGGGCGGAGCUUGUGAGGCGCUCAGCUAAAAAAGCUUCCUCCUUUCAGCUGGGCGGUAAAUGAGCUGCGUUACAGCGACAGAUCGUUUAUUUCUGCACUCACAAAGCUGACCAGGCAGCUACAGUCUGAUGAAAUCAACACGUUUGGUCUGCAGGUGGAUUUUAGAUGCGAAGGCGGCACACCGGAGCACACACGGCUCACACUCGCACGCGCGCCACCGAACCGCAUUCGGCUCUUUUCGGCUAAACUCGACUCCGCUGUCGGAAUGAGCUCCAGUCCGCUUUCUAACGGCAAACAGAUGUCAGACAACCAGAGCUGGAACUCGUCCGGCUCUGAGGAGGACCUGGACACGGAUCCUGGACUUCACGGCGGCGGGGUGGCUGAGUUCAGUGGCGUCCUCAGCAAGUGGACAAACUACAUCCACGGCUGGCAGGAUCGCUGGGUCGUGCUGAAGAACAACACUCUGAGUUAUUACAAGUCUCAGGACGAGAGGGAGUACGGAUGCAGGGGCUCGCUGUGCCUCAGCAAAGCCGUCAUCACGCCCCACGAGUUUGACGAGUGCAGGUUGGAUAUCAGUGUUAACGACAGCGUGUGGUACCUGAGAGCUCAGGACCCGGACCACCGUCACCAGUGGAUCGAGUCCAUCGAGCAGCACAGGGUUGAGUCUGGUUACGGCUCUGAGUCCAGUUUGAGGAGACAUGGCUCCAUGCUUUCUCUCACCUCAGCUACCAGCAGCUACUCUGCCACUUCAACGUCCUCUUUUAAGAAGGGCCACAGUCUGCGAGAGAAACUGGCCGAGAUGGAGACGUUCAGAGACAUCCUGUGCAGGCAGGUGGACACACUGCAGAAAUAUUUUGACGCCUGCUCAGACGCCGUGUCCAAAGACGAGCUGCAGAGGGAUAAGAUUGUGGAGGAUGAUGAAGACGACUUUCCUACUACUCGCGCUGAUGGCGAAUUCCUGCACAACCACAACGGCAGCAGAGAGAAGUUGUUCCAGUCUCUGAGUACUAAGGGCCUGAACGGGAUCGAUUUUAAAGGCGAGGCCAUCACGUUUAAAGCCACUACGGCGGGAAUCCUGGCCACACUCUCGCACUGCAUCGACCUGAUGGUGAAGAGAGAGGACAGCUGGCAGAGGAGACUGGAUAAGGAGACGGAGAGGAGGAGGAGGGUGGAGGAGGCCUAUAAAACAGCAUUGUCCGAGCUGAAGAAGAAAUCUCAUUUCGGAGGCCCGGAUUACGAGGAGGGCCCGAACAGUCUCAUAAACGAGGAUGAGUUCUUUGACGCCGUUGAAGCCGCUCUGGACAGACAAGACAAAAUAGAGGAACAGACACAGACGGAAAAAUCCCGGGUACAGAGACCAAGCCCGAUGCCUUCCGGAGACAUCUAUUCCACCAUGGGCACUCACCGAUUCGCCGAGAAGCCCCCCACUCCGCCCACCUCCCCUCUAUCCUGCGACGUAGUGCUCAGUCCCGCUCGUCAUCACGAGCACAGGUUCAGUGCUGAGGUGGAGGAGAUGGUACAGAGUCACAUGAUCUACUCCCUACAGGACGUGGGCGGAGACGCAAACUGGCAGCUGGUGGUGGAAGAGGGAGAGAUGAAGGUGUACAGGAGAGAGGUUGAAGAGAACGGCAUCGUGUUAGACCCCCUGAAAGCCACACAUGCGGUGAAAGGUGUUACAGGUCACGAGGUGUGCCAUUACUUCUGGGACACGGAGGUCCGCAAUGACUGGGAAACUACUGUUGAAAACUUCAACAUCGUGGAGUCGUUGUCUGAUAACGCCAUAAUCAUCUACCAGACCCACAAGAGGGUGUGGCCUGCGUCACAGAGAGACGUGCUGUAUUUAUCAGCCAUCCGCAAAAUCAUGGCCAGUAACGAGAACGACCCGGACACCUGGAUCGUGUGUAACUUCUCAGUGGACCACGAAAACGCCCAGCCGAGCAGCCGUUGUGUUCGUGCCAGAAUUAACAUCGCCAUGAUCUGUCAGACUCUGGUGAGUCCACCAGAGGGCAACAAAGAGAUCAGCAGAGACAACAUUCUGUGUAAAAUCACAUAUGUGGCCAACGUAAACCCUGGAGGCUGGGCUCCUGCGUCUGUCCUGAGAGCUGUAGCCAAGCGGGAAUACCCCAAAUUCCUGAAGCGUUUUACCUCCUACGUUCAGGAGAAAACUGCCGGCAAGCCUAUCCUCUUCUGAGAGCUCAGGUGAACAUAGCAAUAAAGAUCCUCAGUGUACAGCGCCCCCUCUCUACACUCCCAGCUACAGCGGCCCUGAGGAGCUUCCUCUCACUGCAGGCUGUCUUCCUCUUCCUGCUCCUCAUCCUCCUCUUCCUGAAUGUUUCAGGCCCUCGGCUGCCCCCAGAUAAAUCAACCCAAAUUACCCAGGAUCCCCUGCAGUGGCCCUCAGUGUAGACACGCGUCAGCUUUAUGCGGUCCCGAGGCUUUAACACCCCCCGACACCCCCCACCCCCAGCAGCUCUGAGAGGAAACAGUUGCCAAAUCUCAGCGUCGGUUCUGUAUUUUCAGCAGAGAUCUAUAUUAAUAUUGAGAUACAUGUAUCUACUGAAGUAUGUGAGAUUUACAGGACAGGUUUAUUUAAUGAGCCAAAACACAGAAGGACAGCUCGCUUUUAGUUUUCUUUCUUUUCUUUUUUUUUUUCUUUCUUUUUGGACUGCACUUCAUUGACUGAUCCCAGAAUUCAAAGCUCCCCGCUUUCCAUGCUGCUAAUUUAAACUAAGAAGGUAAAAAAAAAAAAAAAUUGCUCGGGUCAGACAUUAAAACUAUCCUGAAGGUUUGUAACCGAACACAGAGAGGGCUGUCAUUGACCUAUGACCUACAACAUGACCCGACUUUUGCCUUUUUUUUUUCUUUUUUCUUUUCUCCCCAUCUCUUUGAUGAAGCCCCGGAUGCUGGUGCUGAAGAGGAGAUUCUUUUUUUCCUUCCUGAUGUUUUGUCGUUUAAUUUUCGUCUCUGGAAACCCGAGGUCUGUUUGUUAGUUGUACUUGUGUAUGUCAGACGCGCUGGCGUACUGUAGCACAAUUAAGCAUCCGUAGUGAUCGACGACAGCGGGAUCUUUUUAAUAC